AUGAAGCGGAGCUUUAACGAGUCAAUGCCCAUCUCCUGCCACGGGAGCCUGCCGCCCAAGUCCAUGCUGCUUGCAGCUGACGAGCAAACGGGCAGCGGCAGCGCCAACAACGGCAAUGAAAUGCGCGCCCCUGGCACGGCACGGAUAGAGGAGCACAUGCUGAUGGCUGUGAUGGCGGGCGUCAUGGCGCGGGCCUGUGGCCAGCACGACACCACGAGUGCUGCCAGCGUCGAUAGUGCACACGCCCCACACACGCAGCAGCAGCAGCAGCAGUGGUACCAACAAGAACAACAACAGCAGCAGCCUGCACAUCAUGUGCGGGGCUCGCUUCGGGCGGGUGCGCGGGCGCGCACAGCGAUGGGGUUUGCUUUCCAGCGUCUCGGAGCGGACGCACCCAACGAGCAGCAACGUCUGCAGUUCCGUCUUCCGGCCGCUCACGACACGGCCCGUGGCGUGGCAAGCAUGUUCUUUGAGACCGCAGAGGCGCCGCCACAGCGGCCAGCGCGAGCACCACCGGUGUUUCCCUCGGCCAGCGGGGCUGCACACCUUGGCCCAGGCCCGGGCCUACCACCCCCGGCCAUUGCGCGAGCACAGCCAUAUCACGACUCCGCCUCAUCGCAGCACUCCCCGUCCGUGCCCUCGCCAUCGAUGGACACCGGGCUCAUGCCGUCUUCAGGGCCAGAUACGCCCACGGGCGGGCCCACGGGCAGAGCAGCGCACGCCUCGGGCAGCCAGCACCAGUUCUGCCCCAUCUGUGAUCGCUCCAGCCACAAACCCAUCAAAAGUAUUUGCAACGUGUGCUACAGUGGCGUGUACAACGACAUCUUGAAGUGGAUCGAUAGGCAGCAGAGAGCAAUUGACCCCUCUUACACCUUAGAAGCCUUUGUUGAAGAUUUGAAGACUAUGCCGCGAGGAUGUGAACGACAGUACACCUGUGGCAAGGAGUCGUUCAAGUUUGACCAGUCACAACUGCUUCGUCGAAAGAUUGCAGACUUUAACCGCCAGUUAUCACCUGAUAUGCCGGACGACGACGAGCACGAAGGAUAG